AUGGGGGAGUCAUUUUUCAUACCUAUGGCGGAUGACAUGCACUGUCAUUUAAGACAAGGAGAUAUGUUGAAAUUUACAGUAGAUGCAAUAAGAAAGGGAGGGUGUAAUAGGGUACUAGUAAUGCCGAAUACAACCCCUAUAAUAAGUACGUGCGAAGAAGCCAAGAAUUAUAGAAAUGAAUUAUUAAAAUAUGAUAAUAAUAUAGAAUAUUUAAUGACGUUAUAUUUAAAUCAGAAGAUAGAUGAAAAUGAUAUUAUGAAUAAUUAUAAAGAAUGUAAUUUCCAAGGGAUAAAAAUAUAUCCUAGUAAUGUAACAACAAAUUCGAAAGAAGGAGUUACAGAUUUAGAACCAUAUUACAAAGUAUUUCAUGUACUUGAAAAAAUAAAUAAAAGUCUUCAUAUACAUUGUGAACAACCAAAUAUAAAUCCCUUAUAUGCUGAAAAAAAUUAUUUAAAUCGUAUAUAUGACUUAGCUGUUAAAUUUCCUCAGCUAAAAAUUGUUAUAGAACAUGUAACAACUGAGGAUAUGCUAAAUGUCAUAAAAAAAUUUCCAAAUUUAGCUGGUUCGAUUACACCUCACCAUUUAUACCUAACUAUAGAUGAUGUUGUAGAUAUAGAUAAGUAUGAUUAUUCAACUGAUAAUACAUCUAUUGAACAAUAUAUAAAAAAUGUAUAUAAUUAUUGUAAACCUUUAGCGAAAACAAUAGAUGAUAAAACUGCUUUAUGUAAUAUAAUAAAAGAAGGUUUUCCAAGAAUAUUUUUAGGUUCUGAUUCAGCCCCACAUUAUAAAAGUCAUAAGCAUGAACCAUAUUAUAAAGCUGGUAUAUUUACACAACCUUUUCUAUUAUCUUACUUGUCACACAUACUCAAUAAAUUUGACGCAUUAGAUAAACUAGAGAAUUUUGCUUGUAAAAAUGCUGCAAACUUUUUAAACUUAAACGAGAAAAAUUGUUCAAAUGAACAACUUGCUCUUUACAUAGAAAAGAAAAAAUUCAAAGUUCCAGAUGAGUAUUAUGACGUCGUUCCAUUUUUAGCUGGACAAACUCUGGACUUUACAAUAUCGUACAAGAAUCUAAGUUUAUAG